AUCAUCCCCCUCUCGCGAUUGUCCUUCUCGCACGAUCGAAUUUCUCCGACCCCUAACACCCUACUCCGUGCGUCGACCGGCGAUCCUCCUCCGCGUGCAAAGACGGUUGGCGGUGCGUCUCUCUCCACCCCGGUGGUAACUUCAAAAGACAUUUUAGAGAGCUACAAUGGACCCUAGCAUGAAGGAAUUCCAGCAAGCUUUGAUUGAGGUUGAAAUGGAGGCUGAGCAUCUUCUUUUAGCAAGACAUCAGCUUGUGGAAAAUGAUAGGCUUAGGAAUGGUAAUAGGGAAGCUCUGACAGCUCUUCGCAGGAGAGCUCGAACAACAAAGAGUAGUCUUCCAUCACCCUUUGAGGCUGUCAUGCGAGAAGUAGAGGGCACAAAAGAAUUGGUGAAGGAGAUAUGUCCAACAUGUGGAGAUCAUGACUCAAAGGAGCAUACAUGGAUGAUGUUUCCAGGAUCUGAUAUUUUUGCUCGCAUGCCAUUUCAUGCGGUUCACACUACUUUAGAAAAAGAUCAAGAACGACUGGACUAUGACUCGAAGAAACUGCAGAGCUAUGUGAAGGAGAAAUCCUUCUUGAUUUCAGAAAGAGGAGCUCUUGCUGACAGGAUAAGUCCUGGUAUACUUAGGUCCAUGGUUGCGUUAAAAGACACAUCUAAAUAAUUGUCCUGAUCUGGCUUCAGUCGUCAUUGUCCUCUUCCUCUUCCUCUUCCCAUCUGCAUCCAAUCUUCUGAAUGAGACAGUCCAUGUGCAGUAUGAACAGCUGCUAAUUCUGGGCAAGACAAUUCAUGUGCAGUGUCUAUGGUUUAUCUUUAUUGUUAUAUGUAGUAAUUCUUCCAGUUGAAACCGAACAGCUGAAUGUCUAAUUAUUAUUAGUCCCAGCUGCUACUAUUAACUGUUGAUAUAGCCAAUAGUAUUAGAUCAUUCUCUCUGUUAUCUUA